UCUACUUGUUAUCCGGGUAAAGAAAGCCUUUUCUCUCACAAGAGUAGAAUUUUUAAGGCUUACUUUCUCUUUAGUAACUCGGUGGCUCCUGUCUCUCUGACUUUGGAUAGAAUCUCUCUCUUUAGUAACUUGGUACAAAGCUCGGCUCUCUCUGUCUUCUCCUCUCUCUCUCUCUCUCUCUCUCGCAUCUUGGUAAAACCAUUGAAGUCUACCUUCUCUCUCGAGUGGCUUUUCGUACCUCCCUCCCUCUCUCUAUCUAGAACCAUAGAUGUCUACCUUCUCUCUCUAAUAGCUUUUGGUACCUCACUCUCUUCUUCCCUCUUGCUGUUUCCUUUCUUUUUCCUUCUGCUUGCUUUUCCUAUUCUUUCUUUUGAAACCCCCGGAGUUCGUCCUGAUCACAGACCCUUACUGGUAUAAACAAACAGUGAAAACCCAUGAAAAUUUAAUCUUUGGAGGUCCGUCUUUUACGCAGAAAAGGACUAUCUUUUUUUUUUUUCCCGCUGAAUGGAUCCCAAGGGUUCUUCAAAGGGGCCAUCUCAGGAGGUGCCCAAGUUCCAUCAAGCGCUGGGCCUGCCGAGGGACAACAAGAUGGAAUCCAAGGAUUUGCAGAUAGUGGCGGCCGAGAAAGAAGAAGGAAAGAAGCAGCUCGCCCCCAAAAGAAGCUCCAACAAGGACAGGCACACAAAGGUGGAUGGGAGAGGGAGGAGGAUCAGGAUGCCUGCUCUGUGUGCAGCCAGGAUCUUUCAACUCACAAGAGAAUUAGGCCACAAAUCUGAUGGAGAGACCAUACAGUGGUUACUGCAGCAGGCGGAGCCAUCCAUUAUAGCAGCCACUGGAACCGGCACCAUCCCCGCCUCAGCCCUUGCAGCUGCCGGCGGCUCCAUGUCUGCACAGGGGAGCUCUGUGUCUGCUGGCCUCCAUCAGAAGAUGGAUGAGUUGGGCCAUGGAGUUGGAGGUGGAAGGAGCAAUUGGGCGAUGACAGUGGGCAGAUCUCAUUCAGCUACUGGUAGUCUAUGGCCUGGUGUCAGUGGUUUCACAUCUGGAUUUUUACACUCUUCUGCCCCUUCAACAUCUAACUUGGGUUCUGAAAAUAUCAAUUUCAUACCAAGAAUUGGUUUUUCUGGGUUUGAAUUGCCAAGCACCCAUCUUGGGCCUGUGAAUCUGAGCUCAAUCUUGGGUACCCACAACCAAUCUCUUCCAGGAUUGGAGCUUGGGCUUUCUCCUGAUGGUCAUAUUGGGGUACUAACCUCCCAGGCAUUGAAUUACUACCAUCAGAUGGGGCAGAACAGAGGUGGUCAAAUUCAGCAACAGCAACAGCAGCAGCAACAACAACAACAGCAGCAGCAGCAGCAGCAACAACAACAGCAGCAGCAGCAGCAGCAAACUAGUAAGGAUGAUUCGCAGGGAUCACGACAUUAGCGAGUGUGUAGAUUGCUGGUUUGAGAAGACACAAGCUGCACAUAUCUUUCUAAAGCAGUGGAAAGAGACCUUGCUGAUCCAGUCUUUGUUGGAAUUGCCAUCUAUGCUGGAAUCGGGCUUGUGCUUUGCUUUCUUUCCCUGCAAAGGUUUCAUCAAGGUCUCAAAAUACAGGGGAACACUCGAAAGAUGGAUUGCUUCUUGAGAUUGGAUCUCUUUUCCCUUUUUGUCUUUGAUCUUUUAUGUCAAGGUGUGUUCAUAAGAGCAAAAAACGGUAAAAAAAAAAAAACCAUUGUUGGUUAUUCGUUAUCAAGUUUAGGUGGAUUGGUGAUUGGCUUGGUUUCAAAGAACUUAGGAUUCAAGACUCAGAAGUAUGCAAGUUAUAUAAUUUUUAAGGUAGAGUUUGUAAAGUACAGAAAUAAUAUAUAUUCUGUUUUGCAUU